UAUCGGCGUGUGUUUGAGGGGACGGGUAGUUGGAGUAAGGAGUCGCCGGGUGGUUGUGCAUUACGACCGCUUUUUUUGUGGGGGGAACGAAACGCCGCUGAAAAUUGCACCACAGACUGAAGAAACGGCCCCCGGUGACGACUUCUGUGAUUUUUGUUCAACGCGGCGACUGCGCCACACACACAACCACCAAAACGUAGCCAGGCUAUCAAAUGCUAGCCCGCUAGCAUCUCUGAAAACUGACGGGAUCAAGGUGUUGAUAGCUAGCCUCCCAGCUAAUUAUCCAUCAGCUAGCAUCCUCCUGCCGUAGCAUCAUUAGCUCGCUUCUCCUCCUCGCGCACGUCGAGACUCCACCAUCGCUCGUGGCGGUGCCUUUCAGGUCGCGAGCACCGAAUCCCACAUUCAGACAAAAAAACAUACGAUUCCUGCUGGCUGGCUGCUGGAGACAGCGUCUGCGUUGCAUUAGUUGACACCAUCACACCCAUCUCCCCAACCCCUUCACCUCUGCCCCUCUUCCUCCACCCGAAACACUGGAAAUCCACAAGCGGCCGGAGAGCGGCGACGGGCCGGCGAAGCUGGGGGUGGUAACGCUACCGGACUCGCAGGGAGUCAUAACCGCCACAGACAAGCACAGCCGUGGGGAUCUACCGACAAGUAUGGACGGGCUGGCCGUGGAAGUUCGCGGCUCGAAUGGGGCCUUCUACAAGGGUUAUAUCAAAGAUGUCCACGAAGACUCACUCACAAUUGUAUUUGAAAACAACUGGCAGCCAGAGAGACAGUUGCCCUUCAGCGACGUGCGGUUGCCUCCUCCAGCCGACUACAACAAGGAUAUUGGUGAAGGAGAGGAGGUGGAGGUUUACUCCAGGGCCAACGAACAGGAACCAUGUGGCUGGUGGCUGGCACGGGUCAGAAUGAUGAAGGGAGAGUUUUAUGUGAUUGAAUAUGCGGCAUGCGAUGCCACAUACAACGAGAUUGUCACAUCAGAGCGCAUCAGGCCUCUCAACCCCAACAGCCCUUCCUCUAGAAAUUCCUUCCACAAGGUCCCCAUCCCCAUCCCAGAAGACCUGAGGGACAUCUGUGCAAAUGACAACAUUCACAAAGACUUCAGGAAAGCUAUCGGAGCCAACUGCAUCUUCUACAGUGCCCAAACACACGAACUCAUUGUUCUGUCUACAAAUGAAACCACAGUAAAGCGUGCGACUCUUCUGAGUGACAUGCAUUUCCGCAGCAUCCGUACCAAGCUAAUGCUUAUGUCCCGUAACGAAGAGGCUACCAAACAUCUGGAGACAAGUAAGCAGUUAGCAUCAGCAUAUCAAGAAGAGGUGAGAGUCAGGGAGGACUUGAUGGGCCUCGCCAUCGGCUCCCAUGGUGCCAACAUUCAGCAAGCAAGGAAGGUGCCUGGUGUCACAGCUAUCGAGUUGGAGGAGGAAAGCUGCACAUUCAGGAUCUAUGGAGAGACGCCAGAGGCAGUGAAGCAGGCUAGAGAGUAUCUUGAAUUUAAAGAAGACUACUUUCAGGUACCCAGGAACCUUGUAGGCAAAGUCAUCGGCAAGAACGGCAAAGUCAUCCAGGAGAUCGUGGACAAGUCGGGCGUGGUCCGUGUCAGGAUUGAGGGAGACAACGACAAAAAACUUCCCCGGGAGGAGGUAGGCAGGCAGGGGGCUGGCAGGGACGACACUGCCAGCAGCAAAGAGGGCAUGGUUCCUUUCGUGUUUGUAGGAACCAAGGAGAACAUCAGCAACGCUCAGGCUCUGCUGGAGUACCACGUGUCCUAUCUCCAGGAAGUGGAGCAGCUGCGUCUUGAGCGUCUCCAGAUCGAUGAGCAGCUCCGUCAGAUCGGCGUUGGCUACCGUGCACCCCCGAGCCGAACCGGGGGCCCCGGAGUCGACCGGGAGAAAGGCUACCUGACAGACGAAAGCAGCAACUCACUCCACACUUCUCGUACCUACGGGGGCCGCGGCAGAGGACGCAGGGCCUCCAACAGCCAGUACUCUGGAUAUGGCACAAACUCUGAACUGUCCAAUGCUUCUGAGUCGGAGGAUGUUAACGACCGAGACCAGAGGCCCCGCGGCAUAGGCAACGACGAGAGGGGCUCCCGACGAGGUGGCAGGGGCCGAGGCUCCAACUCAGGACGAGGCCGUGGAGGGCCAGGAUCCAAGCCCUCCAACUCCAUCAGCUCGGUGCUGAGGGACCCAGACAGUAACCCAUACUCCCUGCUGGAGGGCGAGGGCGAGCUGGCUGACGCAGACAUCAGCGAAGGCAUGGGAGACCGCCGCAGACGAUCCAGACGCCGCCGCAACGACCAGGAGCCGAGCGUGAUGGAUGCCGCUGGAGAGUCAGACAGCCAGGCGGGCCCCAGCGAGAACGGACUGGAUGAAGAAGCCCGACCUCAGCGCCGCAACCGAAGCCGCCGCCGCCGUAACCGUGGCAACCGCCCAGAGGAAGGUUCAGCCAGCCGUGACAGGCAGCCAGGUGAGAGUGUGACGGUUGCUGACUACAUAUCCCGUGCUGAGUCCCAGAGCAGACAGAACCUGCCCCAGAAGGAAAACCACACUGGCCCUGAACCCCAGGAGAACGGCACCAGUGCCAAGAAGGACGAGCGAACGCCCUCCAAGCGUUCCCCAAGCAAGAGCAUGACCUCGGCCAGCGAGACCCUGACCCUGGUCAACGGGGUCUCAUAAAGAGACGGCCCCGCCCCUCGCGAACCCAAGUCUAGAGCAAGACUUCAUGGCAAACUCUGUCCCUGCUUGCAUUAACUUAAACCUUAAACAGAUGAGUGAAAAGUACCUGACAAAAUACCUGAAUUCAUACUAUGAGAGUGAAAAAGUACAAAAAAACGACAAACGCAUCUACUUAAAAACACACGUUAACGGUGUAUGCUAUCCUAUCUAUCAGUACUUAGUGCUUAUUUAAAAAAAACAACUAGCUUGCCAAAAAAGAGCUGGUGGAUAUGACUUGAUUUUUAAAAAUACUGAAACACAAGAAACAGGACGAGACUUUUUUUGUUGUUUUUGAAACGGUUGUCUUUAUUUGUCUUUUUUGUUUUUUUUGUUAAUGUUUAUUUUGUUCAUUGUUUAUCACUGGUUUGGACUUGGCGGUCGCUCUCUCAACCAAAACAGACCCGUCUCUUAACAGUGUUAAAGUACAGAAAGAGAGAUGUGAAGCUGUAGGGAGCGACGUAUGAGCAGACAGUCCAAUAGCUUACAUGACGUGACGUUCGCACACUGAACCUGGGAGUGAAGACAGACAGACAGAUUGGAAUAUUGAUAGACAUUGUGCCUUGAAUUUGAAAAAAAAAACAAAUAAAAAAAAAACUUGAGUUUUUCCAUUAAGUUUGUUUUUGUUUCCUGAGAGGAAGAAAAGCAAGAGAGAGCGAGAGAAGCGUUCUUCCGGGUUGUUUCUGUUGGGGUUUUUUUGGUUCUUGGUUUGAAGGAGAGAACAGACCUGUGAGGGAGUGAUGAGUGAAAGGAGGAUACAGAAACGGAGGGAGUGGCUGGCCAACGUGAGGAAAAACAAGUCUGGUGCCAAACACGAAAUUCAAGGCGCUUGUCCUCAUUCCGCGUAGAAUUGGACGGCGUUGGGGUCAGUGCGUGCGUGUAUGUGCGCGUAUGUGUGUGUUUGUGUGAGAUAUUUGGCAACCACAAAACAAAACUGGGGAGGGGGUGAUGUGACAAAAUGUAGCCCUGGGCGGGUUCACACAGUGAGGCAUCUCUAUUUAUCAACUGGCCUGAGGGGUGUCACGCGAUGUGGUGGUUCCUCCUCUUGCCUGUGCUUGGUCUUUCGAGGGUCCGGGGUGGACGGGCUGAGACCAGACUGACGGACGGCAGACUUGAACUCUAGAUUUACACUUAAAGAGAACUAAACCGUGCCUCUUUCUCGGCGUCGGAGGGGGCGGCGGUGCUAGCUUCCAGCCACACUAGUGUCUUGACAAACCACUUGCAGCGUGCAGCUCUGGAUGCACACGAGGGCGACCACCUUUUUUUUCUGGGGACGGAUGCUGCUAGUGGGGGAGGAGGGGGCCUGGAGACUGCAGAACUGUGGGAUUGGGACAGCUUCAAAUGACAUGAGAGCCACAUGACACACAGGUACACACACGAGGCCGUACACACCAGGUGCGUCGAGGCGCGUGGUCGCCCGCGUGGCGCAAAAAAAAACAAAAAAGGUAGAGGACCGAAAAAAGGAAAACAAAGCGAGGUGUCUGUCUCGAAACCUGGCGGUUUAAAGUUGGCAUACGGAGUUAAGAGGUGAAAACCUCAGUGGCUCUCUGCUCAUGUUGUUACUGUUGUCUUGGUUACCGCUCUCAAGUUUUUUUUGUUGCUAUUUCCACAUCUUAGAAAACAUGAAAUAAAAAAUUGAAGUGAAAUCAA